UUCACGUUUAUGUAAAAAUGUUGGUGGCAGUUUUGCGGACGUGUGCGAGACAGCGAUCAGCUGUUUACAAUGUUCAGUCUGUGUCAGCUGUGCGCUGUUUGUUUACAACCCAAACAAGGUUAAAACGCCGGAAAGUUGGUGAAGAAAAGAAAUCAGAUAGAAUAAUUGAAUAUUCUCCGAAGAAAAAAAAUGUGGUGGAUAUAUGGCGUUACAUGACGGUUGAUGAAUUAGCGCAAACGAUGAGUCGACCGCUAGAGGAUAUACAGGAAGCUAUGUUAUUUGUAAAAAAUGCUAAAAAUAUUGAACCUGAAGCCACAUUGGAAGAUAUCAAAAUUAUACAAGAAAUUGUUAGUAAAUGCGGUAGCAAAACACGUAUCGUGCCUGCGCCAGAUAACAAAAUAGAAACUGAAAAAAUACGUGACAUAACGCCAAGACCACCUGCACCACCAGAAGCGAUGCAAAUAAGAUCACCUGUGGUGACGGUUAUGGGACAUGUCGAUCAUGGCAAAACCACACUCUUGGAUACUUUGCGAGGUUCUGCUGUGGCAGCCGGUGAAGCUGGUGGCAUAACACAACAUAUUGGUGCAUUUACGGUGACGCUUGAAAAUGGAGAAAAGGUGACGUUUUUGGAUACACCUGGUCAUGCGGCUUUUAGUGCAAUGCGUGCACGUGGCGCUAAUGUGACGGAUAUCAUCGUUUUGGUUGUUGCAGCCGAGGAUGGUGUUAUGGCACAAACGAAGGAGGUUGUUAAGCUUGCACAAGAUGCAAAAGUUCCCAUUAUUGUUGCUAUCAAUAAAAUUGAUAAGCCCGAAGCAAAUAUUGAGAAAACAAAAAGAGAUUUAAUGAUGAUGGGCUUGGUGCCUGAAGACAAAGGCGGCGAUGUACAAGUCAUUCCAAUAUCAGCUUUAAAAGGUACAAAUUUAGAAUUAUUAGCCGAGGCAGUUAGCACGCAAGCCACUCUCAUGGGCUUGAAGGCAGAUUACACAGGAUUAGUGGAAGGUGUUGUUGUUGAGUCGAAAACAGAUGCUAGAAGAGGAAAUGAGAACGCACCAACUCAAAAGGAAACAAAAGUAAAUUACACGGAAAUAAACAUUUACCCAGUUGGAAUGCAUAAUAUAACAGAAUAUAAUAAAGUCCUAAAACAGCAGGAAAACAACUUAUUAACCCUUUUGGAACACACACAUAUAAUUGGCACACCAAGCACACCACAUCUACAGAAGCAACCCCUUCAACCACGCAGUGGCAAUAAAAUCAAUCUUAUUAAAACAUUUACAACAGCUUAG